AAUUCCUCCCACCUCCCAUCUUUUCUCCAUUGUUUUGAUAUCAUCCGACUGUACAAUAUUGUUCCCAAAUAGAGACCAGGCGGAAAUGGCGCUCGUGUUUGAGACAGUAACCAUGACUAAUUACGCUGGAAAUCUUCCUUUUUAUUUUUUUCUUCAUUUCGUGCCCAGUGACUGUAUUAUCUUUCUUUUUUUCUUAUUCACUUGGUUCGAUUCCCCAAAACCUUGGGGCGACACGGACCUUUAUGGGAACUGUGGAGACUGCAGGUCUCUUUCCAUAUGGAUCCUGUCUGUUGGGAGUCUUGUCUAUUCUGGUGUAUAUGGCGUCUUAUCCGGUUAACUCACCGCUCCACUCUUCGCAUUGCAUCUGGGCCGAUGCUCAGCUUGUUGGCUUUAUUAGCUGGUUCUUGUAUCUAUGAAAUAAAUUAUGAGUUGUGUUUCAUAUUGUCGUUUGUAAAUAGCAGUACGCCU